UGUUACUCCUCAAGUUUCAUUGGACAAAAAUAUGACCCUUUUGAGAAUAGACUGAAAAGUGAUUGAAUUGUCUUCCUUCUUCCAUCACUAGCCUUUCACUUCAAUAUCCGUCUGGCAUCACCGCCCAAGCUCCACAUCAAUAUCUUCCGUCUUCCACUCUCAUCGUUGAACCAGCAUCGCCAGACGCCACUGCUCCGCCCGCGAUUGCUACCCUCCAUCUCUGCGUGUGUCCUUUCUUCUUCACAGCUCCUCUCUACUAUUGUUGUUGGCCAGCUUCACCACUCUCGUCCUCUUCAUCGCGUAUAAUUGACCGCAACAACAAUGAUGGCGUUGAUAAUUGAUGCUAGGGUUUUGAACUGAAACACAGGCCAAAUUUCUGCAUCUACGGUGAUAUCUCGGUUGAUGUGUACAUCCGACGGCAAUGAUUGGGAGUCGAUGGAUGACGACGCAGAUUGCAAUGGAAAGCCGAGGCUUUGCAGAUUUAGCAGGUGAACACUGAAGUGAACACGCGUUGCAUUGUUUAGUAGGCCUCAUGAAAUCCCUACUGCCAAGUGUAGCUCACAAGAUAGGGAGUGCAAUCAAGAGUAUAGCAGAGAACAAAAGCUCGAGCUGGUGGUACACCCCUCACGCCGCCGCCGCGGCCCAUGCCAUUGCAGAGAGGUUACCGCUAGUCGAUUUCGUUCUUGAAGUCCGGGAUGCUAGGGUAUGUAUUAUAGGCUACGAGCUUCCCUUUGUUUUCCGGGAUUACUGUCAAGUGCUCGAUGAAAUGUUUGAAUGAACUGACAUGAUCCCUUUGUCAUCAGAAUUCAAACUACUGAAAAAGCAUUCAACGUCCACCAGGCGAAUUAUAGUUUUGAACAAAACAGAUCUUGCAAGUCCCUCCCAGGUGAAGCAAUGGAUGGAUUAUUUUGAAGGACAGGAUGAUAUAGCAUUUCGAGUCAAUUCUCAUAAUAGAGAUAAUAUAAAGGAGUUCUUGACAUUUCUGCAAGCUAGAGUAAGAGAACUAAUAAAUACCGGUUAUUCUCGACAUACUACAACACUAAUGCUUGUGGGUAUUCCUAAUGUUGGGAAAUCUGCACUUGCGAACUCAUUGCAUCUGAUUGGGCGAAUUAAUGCCGCAGAGAAGGGAAGACUAAAACAUGCUGCGGUAACUCCUCAGCCUGGAGAGACUAAAAACAUUAGCAGUUUUAAGAUUGCUAGCCAUCCUAAUAUUUAUGUGCUGGACACACCUGGUAUUUUGCCACCUAAUAUCCCGGAUGCUGAGCUCUGCUGCAAACUAGCUCUUACAGGUGCAAUCCAAGACUGUUUAGAUGGUGAAGUAGAGCUUGCUCAGUAUUUUUUAGCAAUCCUUACCACGAGUGAUGAAUUCAAGAAAUGGGCAAAAUUGGGUGGCAUUGAGAAAGACAUGUUAGUUGUAACUGCUACUGAUGACGAACUUGACUUGGAGAAAACACAGAAAAUGAAGCAUCGUGUGACAGAUCACACGCAGGAUUUUAUUGUGAACAAUGUUAGGAAAACGCUUUAUCAUUGCAUUUCGUCAUUCAGUGGAAACCUAGAUGAAGAAAACAGCUUAUUACAUCUCAUCGAAGUUGAGUAUGCAAAUCUGGCGGAAGCUUUCCAUUUGUCCUCAGAAGCAGUAGAUGAUUUACCCAUGGUUGCUUCUAAAUUACUCAACUUAUAUCGGACAGGAAGGCUUGGUCAUUAUUCCGUAGACUCUGUUCCAAGCAAACACUGGUAGCGGCAUUGAACAACUGAACAUGGAGGUGCGACAGUUGGCUGUAUCUGUGCGCCAGUGGUUGAUUUACAAAUUACAAUUGCUAUGUUUAUCUUGUUUCUAGAAAUAUGUAAGUAAAACUAAUUUUUUAUGUAUUUUGCAUGUAAUAAGUGUAACUAAUCCUUGCAAAAAAAGUGUAACUAAUAGUGGCAAGACCAUGGCUAAAUGAAAGUAUGAAAUUGUUACAUACAUAAAAAUAGCAAUUAUGUGUCAUGGCCCAAACAUUGUUACUACAUAGAGUACUAUUGUAUGACAACUUUUCAUGUCCA